AAUCAAGCGUCAAUGAUGGCAGCCCCCAAAAAUAAUGUCAAAUGUUUUUCGUUUUCAUUCUGAUGUGUUGGGUGUCGCUAAAAACUAUUUAUUAUUUGAACUGGAAACCACUUUUAAACUAUUAAUUUAGUAUACGGACAGAUUUCUAUCUUAAUGUUAUGUGUUGUGAUGUUGAAUGUUGAAACCUCUUUGGAUGUACAAUAACUGAAGCAUGAUGGCAAGUGAAGAUGUGAUAGAAUUAGGGUCUUCGGACGAUGACACUGAACCGGCUCCGAAAAAGAGUAGACCAAAGCCAGAUGCAAUGGUGUGCAUACCAAGGUACAAUUUUAAUGAUGUCACAAUAAAGCCUUCUAGUACGAAAUUAAAAGUAAUUUCAGGACCUGGGAGAUCUGGGUCCUCAUCAAAAAAUGAUCCUAUUUUAAAAGUGUUAUCUGCGACAGAGGGAGUAACUAUUUCCAAAGGAAAAUCACAAAAAGUAUUUUCUCCAAAAGAAAUUGUAACAUCAAAAUCAUCAGUAGUGUUGAAACCAGCAACCCCUUUAGCGAAGAAAAAAACAACCAUAACCAGAGUUCCAAAUAUGAUAACCAAUCCAUUUGCAAACAAAAAUAAACCCAACGGUAUACCUGUACAAACAAUGAUUUCAAAAUCAAUUUUUCUACCUAAAACUGUUAAAAUCCAAAACGCUCAACCUAACAAAAUGACAUUAUUUAAACAGAAUCCAAUAAAAAUUGCGAAUAUUGCUCCUGCAGUAUUGAAUAAUAUACAUCAACAAAGUAAACCAAUCAAUUUACCACCUAGUAUAACUGUCAAGAGAACUCCUAAGCCUGCCCAUAAACCAGUAAUUUAUAUGAAAUGCAAUAGAAACAUAACCAACACAAAACCAAUCAAUGUAGUCCCUACAGUUGAAUUAGAUGAUGAUGAAGGCUCUGCCAGUAAACCGGCUACCCCAGGUCCUGCAUGGUAUUUAAGACCAGAAGAACAAGAAGCUUCUACAUUAGAAGAAGAGAAUAACAAAGAGCCAGAAGGUCCUAAGAUGAUUGAAAUAACAAUAGAUGAUAGUCCUAUUAAACCUGUGACAAAUAAAAGGGCUGCAGAAAUUGGUACAGAAUUGGCUAUCACCAUUGAUGACAGCCCUAUCAAAGCUGUAACAGACAAGAACGGAUCACUCAGUGGAAGUGAAGAAGAAUCUACCAUUCCUAAAUCUCCAAACAGUAGAAAGAGAUUGGAAUAUCCUAAAGAAGAAGAUGAAAGCAGAAAAACUGUAGAAAUUGAAAUUGAAAUACCUGCAGCGGAAGUUCUAGAAUUAAACAAAAAGGGUGUAGAUGAAGAUGGUAAUGAUGAUAUAACUGAAGUUAGUGUUGUAACAGAAACUAGUAAAAAAGAUGAUUCCUCCAAAGUAUCAAAUGAGUCAGGAUCAAGAGAAAAAACCGGUGAAGAGCCCAGUACUGGAGUCCAGGGUGAAUUCCAUCCUGUAUACCAGAACUUCAUUGAUGUCUGUUUCCAAUUAGAAGAUUCUGAAGACAUGAAUAAAAUAGUAGAGAAGAAAAUCAAAGGCUAUUACAGACAAGUUCCGAAAGACUACACGGAAUCCGAGGAGUUCAUUGACAUGGUGAGAAGUAAAGUAGUUGCAAUGAAGGCCAGCCCUGAGAAGAUGUAUUUGUUUAUAAAAGAUGUUGUUGAUGAACUAAAUAUGGAGAGAAAAAGAGCUAAAGCACAACCACAAGUAGUGGCUUUGGAGACAGUACCUGAAGAAUCAGAUAAAUUUCAGUUUGGAGAUGAUAAUGAAUUUGAUUCAAAACGUCAAAGGCAGAUACGUAAAUUAGAGAAGACUAUAAAGAAACUGCACAGAGCUAUUCAGAAAUUGGAAGAACAUGAGGUUGACUUUGAUGAUGAAGAUGACUCAGUAUAUUUGUUAACUGAAAGGUAUAAAGAAAGAAUGGUACGAGUUUACGCGAAAUUCUGUCAAUUGACAAACACAAAAAUGCCUUCUGAGCCCCGUAUUACAGUGGAAUCGCGACCAGGCCAACCGGCGGGACCGGCUAAACGACUGGAAAAGUGGGUAAACAAAAAGGUACCUAUUGGCACUCCACUGCCGUUCCCAGACUUCCAUGAUGUGCUCCGAUGUGUUAGAGAGGCAAAUGAUGAAGAUAAACUGUGUUGGAAUGAGGCACAGAUUAUGGAAGAAGCUCGAGACUUGUUCACAAGAUGUGGAAAGAAACUACAAAGGCGUAGACAAGAAAACGAAUGGCGACUAGCAGCUUCAAGACUAACAUUGGAUGUAGGAGACCCGGCGGAAAAUAAUGAGCAGCUAAGGCAACAACUUGAAGUGAACAGGAAGCUUGCAUCCAGUAAAGAGACUGAAAUAUUUAAUAAGUUUGCUGACCGACAGAACCAAAUGAAAUUGGAAGCUGAAGAAAUUGGUGAUAAGGAAGCUGAAGAAUCACCAGUUGAGAGUGAAGAAGACGAAGAUGCUAACGAUGACGAUGAGAGUAUUUCUUUAGAGAACAAAGGUAAAAGAAAGGAACGAUUGAAACGAUUAAUAGAGGAGAUAUCCAAAGGGCCUAGUGAGGGAAAAGAGAAUCAACCAUUACAAGAACCCAACACCAGUCCAACAGAAGAAACUGUUAAAGAAACGGAAGUUAAAGGCGAUAAAGAAGACUCUGAGGCUUUGGUAAAAAGUAAAAAUACAGACAAGGACAUUCAGAAUGCUGAAACAUUUUCAGUAAGUAGUGAAAAUAGUAAAGAUUUAGAUUUAGAGUCAGAUGUAGAUGAGCUUCACUUGUUACAAAAGUUGCGUAAAAGUAAUGAAGAUUCGUCCACACAGGAAUCUUCAGAUUCUGAUAGUCUAAUAGCUAUUUCAGACUCAUUCGACUCUGAUAAUGACAGUAAAGAACUAAGUGACGUAAUUAGUAUUGAAAAUUCGAGCUAUUCAGAGAGUGAAGCUGAUAAAGUGGAUAGUGUGCCAUCUAAAAAUCUAAACAUUCAACAAAAUAAUAAAACUGAAGUUCAAACUAAAGAAGUUGAACUCGUUUUGGAAGACACUGACAUGAACCCUACAAAUGAAAUGAAUGUAGAAUGUUCUAAAUCCGUUGAAGAUAAUCUUCUUGCGUCCUCAGAUAACGAAAGUGGCGAAAAUAAGAAGCCAGAACACACACUUGCUGUAGAUAUUGAGAUACCCUGUGAAGAUGUGGACACACCCUCUACUCAAGUAGACACACUUUCUCCUAGCAAUACUUGCAUUAAUCUUAAAGAUGAUCUCAUUUCGAUUGACGAAACAGUUGUGGGAAAUGAAGUUGCUAACCUGGAAGAAAAUCCAGCUAGUGAAUUGCCUGUGAUAGAGUGUGAAACAGAGAAUAGUGGGGAUAAACUUAGUGCAGCAGAAAAUGAAAAUCUUAAAGAUGGAGAUAGUAGAAAAGAGAACAGAGAUGAUAUCAGUACAGAUUCAUUACAAAUUGAAGCGCCUAAUGCACCUGAAGAAUUACAAAAAGACAUUGUUGGUAGUACUCCUAUCAGUCCUGAACUGGAUCCACCAGAACCUAUGGAUGUUGAUGAGCCACCUAUAACAGAGACGGUUGAAGCCCAAUCACAUACAGGAAGGCCUGAAGUAGCAUUAUAAUCAGUAAAUAAUGGCUAAUUUAAAUUUAUUUUGCUAAAUACGACUGAAGUGUUUAAGUGCAGAGUUAUUAUUUUUUGUAUAAUGCGUGAAUGUCGAGGAAGCCAAAGAAGUAUGUAUAUAAUCGCGUGUGGUGCUCUGCAAGUUAUUAGUAUGGAGUUAACAUGGACAUCAAGCUAUUCAAAACCAGUUUAUCAUGGUCUUGCUUUGUUCCAUCUUUCCGCACAUUGGACGGUCAGUUUAUACUAGUUUUGCAUAGCUUAUUGUGCCGUAUGUAUAUAAAAAUAAAACAUAAAGCUCGUGAAAGUUAUUAAAGUACUACAAAAUAUUGUAUAACUUUGUGGUCUAUCUUCGAAACACUAUAUGGCUGAACUAGGAAAUGGUACUUUUGUUCAUAAUAUUAAACAGCUAUUUAUUAUAUUAUAAAAUGUCCAUAUACUGGCUAUGUAGAAUCUAUUUGGCUAAUCUGAUUGUCAGUUCUAGUUUUGUAUAAUUGAGGUACAUAGAUAGGGGUGUACUACGCCAAAUCGAAUGCAAAAUAAUUGAUGAUAAUAAGGAUUUUUAUGUACGUGUGCGAUGGCGGGUGUAUUUUCCAGAUUUGCCUAAAUUUAUUACAGUGAUUUGGUACAUUCUAUGUACCUUUACGUGUCUCACUUGAAAAAUUGUGUACCUUCACCUGUACAAUGAUAUAUUAAGAAUUAGGUACACCCGCCAUCAUGACACACACGGAUUUUUACAUCGUAUCGUCACGCCGGUUUAUCCCUAAAGGGGUAGGCAGAGGUACAGCAGAUACGGGAUUUUAACAGUCAUUGCUAAAUUAUAAUUCAAUUAUUUGGCAUUCGAUUUGGGGUAUGCGGAAUCGAAUGCUAGAUAUUUUAUUUUCGUUUUAUUAUUAUUUAAUGAAAGUGGAACAUCUUACGUUUACAGGUUAUAUUAGAAUAGAUAGUUAUGAAAAUGUUACACUGUUGAUUUGUGUCAAUAUAUUAUUUUGUAAGUUUAACUUAAUUUUGAAGUAAAUAGAUUACACUACGUUCAUCAUAAUCAUAACAAUAAAUACGACUUUCAGAAACUUUU